AUGACUUCCUCACCGCCCGGGGUGUCCGCCGCGCUAUGGAAUCUACCUGCGCUGCCUCCUCCUCCGGGGAAGCACUCAAAUUUUGACAACCCUGAAAACCGCAAUGACGAAAUUAUCAUCAUCAAUGCGGUAUUCCUUACCCUCAUGACCGCUGCUGUCCUAAUGCGAUUCAUCAUUCGGCGCAGAGGGGAAAACCGCGUAGGUUGGGAUGGAUUGAUGUGCAUAGUAGCGGUAAUGGGAUCAGUUGCGCAUAGCGUACUUGAGAUAUCAAAUCUUAAGGUUGGCUAUGGCCGGCAUAUGUGGGACAUUCGAGGGGUAACACUGACUCGUGAAAGUCUUCUGCGAAUGAACCAAAUUUCCACAACAUAUAUCAUAGCCGUCGGGUUUGCGAAGCUCUCCGUUCUGAUUCUAUAUCUGCGUUCCUUCGAGGUGAUCCGAUUAACAAGAAUUCUUAUUUGGACCGCCAUCGUCUUCAACAUUGCCUUCUCGCUAGCGUUCCUCGGCGUCGUGAUCGCACAAGCAGUCGAAUGCAUGGGUUUGGAGGCGCUGAGCAACAAGUUCUGGACCAACACCUCCAAAGUCACCACAGCGCAGGCUGGCGUCAAUGUUUUCUUAGAUUUCUAUAUCCUUUUCAUUCCUCUCCAACAGGUGUAUAAUCUGAACAUAGAUAGGACGAGGAAACUAGGUGUCGCAGCAGUGUUCGGUGUUGGCUCUCUGUAA